AUGCUAGCAGGUCGCCUCGCAAGACCUCUUGCGCCCCUCUUUCGCUGCGCUCUCGCCUGCGUGCGUAGGUCGUCGACAGCUUCAACGCCAAUCCCAGUCUUGUAUCUCGAUAAAGGUGUUAUAGUGGUCAACAAACCAAGUGGAUUUCUAUGUCAAUACAACAAGACGCAAAUUCCAAUGGAGAUGUUCUCUGACAUGCGCAGACUGAGGAUGACCAAUGAAGUUCAACGAGCCUACAACAUGCCGGAAUUGCCAUAUGUUGUCCAUCGUCUUGACAAGGCCAGCCAGCGCCCCUACUUGACAACCACCGGAGCACUGAUCUUCGCUACCUCAAACAAACAUGCAGCCAGCCUCGCCAUGCAGUUUCGCCAGCGAUCAGUCAAGAAGACAUACCUGGCGAUAGUGCGCGCAGGCUCAGAUAGCCUCCCUCAACGAUCAGGCGUAAUUCAAGGGAUCAUGCAGAAGCUCAAAGGAACAGGGGGGCCGAUCACAACGAAUGUAUCGUCCGAGUGGGAGCUGCUUGCCACUUCACCACUGGCACCUCUGAGUCUUGUCGCUGUACGGCCAAAGACUGGAUUCAAGCACCAGAUACGUGUGCAUAUGGGGGAAGUCCUUGGCGCCCCCGUCCUGGGAGACACCAAAUACACCGGUACUCUGCCACCAGACCCGUCUAUUGCAAGCGCGGUUUCCAUUCCGAAUGACCUACUGUUUCUACAUGCCGCCGAAGUGUCCUUUUUGCGAUUUCGCCCUUCUGGUCCACAUAAAAAGGUCGUCUUAACAAUAUGUGCACCCUUGCCCGACACCUUCAUACCACUACCAGACAAGUACAUCCGCGGAGGGCUUUAUAUUGAUGGUAGGCAAUAUUAG